AAAACAAGGUCAAUAUGCGAAGGUCUACCGUUUUGUCCAGCAUCGCAAGACCCAGUAUAUAUACUGUGGGCACAAGAAACAGUAUAUCUUCCUUUGCAAGUCCAACCCACCAGUCCAACUGUUUGCAUCGAACGAGCGAUGACCAAUCUACAGGCAUUGAGAAGUUCACCAAAUGGGCGAAGAAGCUUCAUACGAUAUCUGCGGACAAUCCCUUGACCAAUAAAUACUUCAGAAGCGAAAGUGCAGUGAACCACGAGUUAGAAAGGCAUUCUGAAUUGGGAUACUGGUAUAUUGUUCACCCACUGAGCAAACUCAGGAACUACGUGGGUAGUAUAUUCUUUAUAUGCGACGUCUUAUCGUCAAUACCAGUUCUUCCAACACUAUAUUUGUGCGAAGCUAUCUGGGGCACUAGAUUUCUUGUCGGUGUGGGUUUCUUAUUCAUAUUCUGUCAACUCAGACUCAUCAGAAUUGCAUCUGUUGUCAGAAUCAUCAACCAGCUUGCUGUUUACUUCCAAGUAACAUCUAAAGGAAGAGUCUUCCUCUUAAUAUGUAUGACAGUGUUUCUGCUCACUGUACACAACUUUGCCCUUUUGCAAUUGCUUAUACCGAAGCUAGUACGAAAAUACUUCUCAAAGCUAAAAAACGAACAUCGAAUAUGGUACGUCAAAUAUAACCUUCAUGAAAAGCCUUUCGCGCACAUUUAUACACACUGUGUACUGAAGAGCACUGCAUUUAUGUUGGCUAUCCGAGUGGACUUUUACAGAAUGGAAAAUCAAGAAGAAGAUUAUCUUUUAGCGAUAGCUACCUACGUAGUGGGAAAGGUUAUAGUGUGUGCAACUUACGGUAGACUGAAAAGAGAUAUAAACCUCCACCAGUGUAAAUCCUUGAUUCAGAACGUUUCUCUAUUCUCUCACUUGACAGCCGAGGAAGUAAGCAAUGUGAUAGAAGCACUGAAACCGGAAAUAUUCUUGCCAAAAGACACUGUAAUGUUAGCUGGAACUUACGGGGAUCGCAUGUUUUUCAUUUCCAGUGGUACUGUGGCUGUCUACACUCAUUCCGGCAGAGAGGUAACUUCAAUAGACAAUUUCUAGUAUCUAUUUCACGUCAAAGCAUGAAUCAUCU